AUUUUAAGUUUUUAACGAAGUUGAACAAAAAUUAGGUUUUUUUGUGGCAUAUAAAAAGGGUUCUGCUUGCUGCAAUCGGAUUCACUCCGCAGCUGCAGAGCUCAAAACCCUAGAGAGGAGGAAGAGAGAGCGUGCAAGUUCCGGCCACCACCGACCAUGACAUUCAAGCGCAGGAAUGGAGGUCGCAACAAACACGGCCGCGGCCACGUCAAAUUCAUCCGGUGCUCCAACUGUGGCAAAUGCUGUCCCAAGGACAAGGCCAUCAAGAGGUUUCUGGUGAGGAACAUUGUUGAACAGGCUGCAGUCAGAGAUGUGCAGGAAGCUUGUGUCUAUGAACAAUAUACUCUUCCGAAACUCUAUGUGAAGAUGCAGUACUGUGUUUCUUGUGCUAUCCACUCUCAUGUUGUGAGGGUUCGAUCCCGCACUGACAGGAGGAAACGUGAGCCUCCACAGAGAUUCAUCAGGCGCAGGGAUGAUGCACCUAGGCCUGGUCAGCCCGGCGGCCAAGGACCUCGUCCUGCUGGCACAGCAGCACCUGUCCGAACCUAAAAGCAAAUCCUUAAAAAAAGCCUUUAUGUUAUGCUGGACUAUUUUUAUAAUAUAAACUUUUCUUUGUUGCUUAAUUUUUGAACAUAUCAGUUUUGUGGAGGGGCUUUUUGUUCUAAUUAUAAGCUUUAGUCGUUGGAUAAUAUUGGCUUUUUAUGAAAAUGAAACUUGAUAUGUUAUCUCGGCGAUUUCGGAAUGACAUCUCCCGAGUAAGUUUUAAUCAAAAUUGGUUUUUUAA